AUGGAGUUCAGCAGGUACGACAACGGGCUCGAAUACUACAGAACUAGCGCCGGGAAGCUGGAAAGAACAAUUCUCGAUUUACGUCGGGGCAACGAAAGACGUCAAAAACUGGUGGACGGCCACAGCGUCGAAAGUGAAAAAGUAGCCGCAGUGAAGGCCCUGAAGUGUCUUAGACGUGGGCCACCAUGCGAAGCCCAAGAAGAUCUCGAGAUACUCAUCACACUUGCCGGUCGUGAAUACAUCGCAAAGCACUUGAUGCACUUUUCUCUGAGCGCAACCAAGAUUGGCACUAUCGGCAACGACGAAAAGCUCAAGGACCUGCAACCUAAACUGGAGAAGUGCAUCAAGUCGAUCGAAGAAAGUGGUACUCAGGUCACUGCCGCAAUGACCGUUGACUGCGACCUCUUUGUCCAUGCCCUGAUCCAGGUCCUGGAGGAAGAACAGUCCAGACUGCCCUUUUGA